CACUACUACUACUACUACUACUACUACUACUACUACAUAAAAGCCUUCUCUCACCGCCACUCGCAACACACCUACACACAUACACUGACAAACAUCGUCACACACAAGCUCGUACAAGAACCAAAACACAAGAGAGAAGAGAUCUUUUGCAAACCAAGCGUCUGUAUGGUUCAUGCAGGCUUUGGCAAUGGAAGUACAUACGUCGGAGGCCGCACGGAGCUAUUUCGAACCUCACCAUGAUUUAACUCCUUCACUGGCGCUUGUGUCUGCGUGUCAGCCUUACGCGACUGUCGUAUCGGAAGCUUAUAGUGACGUGUACAACUGCUUGAAUUUCGCCCCAACGGCUAACGUCAACGUCGUCGGCGUAAACAGCGAAGAUGGUGGCAACGUCUUGCCAGCCGGCAGCGACCAGGAGAGGGCAAACGCGCUGUCUUCGGCGGCGUCGACGUCGGUAACUUCGGCGACGUCAUCGUCAUCGACGCCCUCAUUGUUAACGUCCACCUCAACGUCGCUGUCAUCGUUAGCGUUACCGACGUCGCAGCGUUCCGAGGUUCUGGCCAGCGUGGUCGUCAACCCCAACGAGGAAUUAAGUUCGAUCGUCCAGCAACAGGAUUACCGUUUAGCGAUUUUGGGAGCACCGUCAACGAAGUCUUCUAUGAACGUCAACUGCGGGAGUUUAACAUCACAGAUGGCGCAGACAGCAGCGAACUAUUCACAAAGGUCCAGUCCAGUUGUGUUAGUAAACGCGGACAAUUCGAGUUGGCAGAGCCAGAUUUUAAACCCGGGGAUUAACAACGCCAAUCUCAUCCACAACCAAAACAACAACAUCAUAAACGCUUCUAAUAUUAUCGACAUGAACAGAGCAAUUACAGCCGUGUCUGGCUAUCCUCAGCAUCACCACCACCACCUCAGCAAUAAUAAUAGUAAUAAUAAUGAUAGCAAUAAUAAUAAUAAUAACCACAACAAUCACAACAACAACAAAAGCAGCAAUAACCGCCACCAACACAAUUACCAUCAAGAUGGGGGUCGAUCGUUAAAUACGGCAGGACAUUGCAAUACUACUAAUCAUAAUAAAAAUAAUAAUAAUAAUAGUAAUCACAAUUAUAGUCAUCAAAAUAAUAGCCAUCAUCAUAGCCAUCAUCAUAAUCACAAACCAAAGCGAAGACGGGUACAAACUCAAGCGCAACGCAAGGCGGCCAAUGUAAGAGAACGGCGUAGGAUGUUCCAUCUGAACGAAGCUUUUGACGAGCUGCGAAAACGUCUCCCGGCAUUCAAUUACGAGAAGCGACUGUCACGGAUCGAAACACUACGGCUGGCCAUGACUUAUAUCGGAUUUAUGCGAGAAAUAACCAGCGGCAAAGACCCGUGCAACGUCGAGCUACAGAAACACGCAAACCUCACCAUUUUAUCGUCGUCGCCGUCGUCGUCGCCGACGUCAGCGCGAUGUGAUAUGGACGACGACGAUGACGACGACGACGAAGAUGAAGAUGACGAUAACGACGAAGUGGACGACGUUGACGAUGGUGUUGUUGUUGUUGUCGGCAGCGGAGGCGGCGGCGUCGGAGGGGCUGAUGGUGUUGUUGAUGACGACGAUGACGAGAAAAUGACUUAGAAAGAAUCGCAACUUUUCUUCACAUCGCUGACGUUUACCAAAACGGAUCUUUCUUUCUUUUUUUCACCAAAACAUUUACAAACCUUCAACACAAUAUUAUUGCCCCUGUAAUUAUUAUUAUUAUUAUUAUUAUUAUUAUUAUUAUUAUUAUUAUUAUUAUUAUUACUAUUAUUAUUAUUAUUAUUAUUAUUAUUAUCAUUAUUAUCAUCAUCAUCAUCAUCAUCAUCGUCAUCAUCAUCAUCAUCAUCAUCAUCAUCAUCAUUAUCAUUAUUAUUUCAUUGUUGAUAUAUGUUUUUCUAAAUAUCUUCCUGCCAUUGCAACAAGAUUCCCAUUACGCUUCCAGUCUUAGCAGUCAAAGGCGGAGCCAGACGCUGCACGUUCGCAAACCACAAAAUUCACCCGAUCCUUUACAAAAAAAAAAAAAAAAAAAAAAUGUAUGAAAAACAAAGAAGAAAAUACGAAAAACAAAAAACCCGUGACGUAAAUUGAAAAAGAAAAAAAAACAACACAAAACGAACAAGCUAAACAAAAAAAAAAGAAAAAAGAAAGCAAACAAAAAUGAAAGAAAAAGUAAACAAAAUGGAUGAAAUAUGUGGAUUUUACAAUCAAAUGGUAUUGUAUCCAAACACGCAGUCAUACAGAAUACAUUAUAUAAUAUAUACGCAAUAUGUCUAUACAUACACAAAAUAUAUAAAUAUAUAUACACACACAUAUAUGUAUGUAUGUAUAUAUAUAUAUAUAUGUAUGUAUACAUAAAUGUAUAGAUUACACAUACACACAUAUGUUUGAUGUAUAUAUCGAUUAUAAUCUCAUGUCUGUCUAUCUAUCUAUCUACACCUACCUGUCUGUCUAACUAUCUAUCUAUCUAUCUAUCUAUCUUUCUAACUUUCUCGUCCAACUUUCUCACUCUGUAUACUUACAUAAAUACAGUCACAUAAAUGCACACAGACGCACAGGUGUUUGUAUAUAUGCGUGUUUGUACUUAUGUAUGUAUGCAUGUAUGUAUGUAUGUAUGUAUGUAUGUAUACUGGCUUUAAUUCUGUGGAAAAGAAAACAGCAGU